AUGUCUGAGCAGCUUAUCAUGAAUCCUCAUCGUACCCUCGCUAUAUCGACGGAUAGUAUUCUGUCAUGUAGUCCAACAUCUCGUAACGGCUUUCAUAUCGCGAUUGUUUGUGCUCUCCCUAUCGAAGCUGAUGCUAUCAUAGCAGCCUUCGGCAUUUACUGGGAAGACCACGGCCUACUGUACGACAAGGCAUACGGCGAUCCCAACGCUUAUUCUACCGGUGUUAUUGGAAGACAUAAUGUUGUAGUUGCACACAUGCCGAGCAUGGGGAAGGCGAGCGCAGCGUCGGUCGCCGUCAACCUUCGGCUCAGCUUCCCCAAGAUUGAGCUGGUUCUUGUCGCUGGCACUUGUGGAUGCUCCCCCAAAACGUCAGAGGGAGAUGAGAUAAUUCUUGGUGAUGUAAUCAUCAGUACUGGGGUAGUCCAAUACGACUUGGGACAUCGGAUGCCCGAGGGAUUCAAGUCCAAAAAGAAAAUCUUGGACUCGCUAGGCCGGCCUAACACUGAACUACGGAGCAUUGUGAACAAAAUACAAGGCAUUCGUGGUCGGAAAAAGCUUCGGAAUAACAUAGCUGAGUGCUUGGCUCAAUUCCAAGGUGUUCCUGAACUUGAAGCCGAGUAUCCAGGUAUCGAGGAGGAUAGGCUGUUCCAGGCUGAGUAUUGCCAUCGAAUUGAUGGGAAAUCAUGCAAAGAGUGUGGCUGUGAUGGGGAAAAAUUGAUACCGCGCGUGCGUCUCAACACCAACCAUCAAGUAGUCGAGCAUUUUGGUUUGAUUGCAUCAGGCGACACGGUCCUGAUGUCGGGACGAGACCGUGAUAUCCUUACUCAAGAAGAAAAUGUGAUCGGCUUUGAAAUGGAAGGCGCUGGCGUGUGGGAUAACUAUCCCUGUGUGGUCAUUAAGGGCGCGUGUGAUUACGCGGAUAGCCAUAAGAAUGAGAAGUGGCGGAGGUACGCCGCAGCGACGUCGGCGGCGUGUGUGAAAGCGUUUCUCAACUCCUGGGUCCCUGGGAAUUCAGAGUCUCGGAUUCUGUCUGGACCGGAAGUUGGUCCUUCUUCAGCGGUGAUCUUUGACGGCAAUCAAGAAAUACUGCAUCAACGUUCUCAGCCGCGUUUUACAAAUACUCCCCAGGAGAUAUUGGAACCGAACAAUACUCUAAGGGACCCCGAGAUAUUCGGCGAGAUGAAGCAUGUUAAAGGCCUUAAGUUAAUUAGAUAG